GACGGCGGCGGCCCCGGAGCGGCGCCAUGGAGGCGGGCGGCGGGGGGGGGGCCUCGGCCCCGGCCUCUGCCUCGGCACCGGGCGGGCCCCCUGCCCCCGGCGGGUCCCCUGCCGCCGGGAACGGGGCCGCCGGGACCCCCGCCUCCGGCCUGGCGCCGCGGGGGAAGCGGAAGAAGCGCAGCGUCCCGUCCAUCAACCUGACCAGCUGCAAGUACGAGAGCGUGCGACGUGCUGCACAGUGCUGCGGGCUGAAAGAAGUGGGAGAAAACGAGGAGUGGACGGUGUACUGGACUGACUACUCGGUCUCUCUGGAGCGUGUCAUGGAAAUGAAACGGUUUCAGAAAAUCAACCAUUUUCCUGGCAUGAUAGAGAUCUGCCGUAAGAACUUGUUGGCUCGCAACCUUAACCGCAUGCUCAGACUCUUCCCCAAGGAGUACAAUAUUUUUCCCCGUACUUGGUGCCUGCCAGCUGACUAUGGAGAUUUCCAGGCCUACAGGCGCAGGAGGAAAAACAGAACAUUCAUCUGCAAGCCAGACAGCGGCUGCCAAGGGAGAGGCAUCUUCAUAACACGUAAUCCAGAGGAGAUCAAACACGGAGAGCAUAUGAUCUGUCAGCAGUAUAUCUCUAAGGGUGAUAUCUGCAUGCAUUUGACCAAUUAUGCUAUCAACAAGCGUAAUGCAAACUUCAUCCAGGAUGACACGAUGGGCAGUAAGAGGAAACUCUCUACCCUGAAUGCUUGGAUGAUGGAUAACAGCUACAACACAACAAAACUCUGGGAAGAUAUUGAAGAUAUUAUUAUAAAGACUCUUAUUUCAGCUCACCCUGUGGUGAAACACAAUUACCAAAGCUGCUUUCCUAACCACGCUACUGGCUGCGCCUGCUUUGAGAUACUGGGUUUUGAUAUUUUGCUAGACAGAAAGCUGAAACCUUGGCUGCUGGAGGUGAACCACUCUCCCAGCUUCACCACGGACUCUCGCCUGGACCGUGAGGUGAAGGAUGCUCUUCUCUGUGACACCAUCAACUUAAUAAACGUGCAUGCCUGUAACAAAAGGAAAGUGCUGGAAGAAGACAAACAGCGGGCAAAGGAACGACUCCUCCAGAGCCAUCAGGCUCCCCGUGUAUCCAGACGCGAGGAGUUAGAGAGCAACCAGGCAGCCUGGCUGUCCCAGGCAGAGGAGUAUGAGAACUCGCACCUGGGCAGCUACCGGCGCAUUUAUCCAGCGUGUGGAACAGACAAGUACGAGCCAUUUUUCAAGCAGAGCAGCUCUCUCUUCCAGGAAACGGUAUCAUCCAAAGCACGAGAGGAGUGUGCCAGGCAGCAACUGGAGGAAAUUCGCAUGAAAAAAGACAAGUUAGAAGCUGUUACCAGGAAGAAGAAAAAAGAGAGGAAAGAAGAGCUGCAGGGAGAGUCAGCCAUGGACAAACCCCAGAUCCCUAGCAAAACCACAGCUUCUAUAACCCACCUCACCUCCAGAAACACCAAGAUGCAGGAUAAAAAGAUACAGCAAGUGCAGUAUGACUCCAUGCGACCCCAGGAUAUUGUGGAGAAUGAAGAGAAGAAAAGAGUGAAUGCUCUUCUGAAGCGUAAGAACCUAAUCCGAGGCCUGGGCAUCAUAGAUCAGCUCUCCCGGCUGCUCCCCACAACUGAUAGAUCAACUGACACCCAGAGAUCCUCUCCUGUUACAUCCAAGAUCCAGCCGCAGUUUCUCUGGGAUGCACUCCAGGGACAGAAGGCCCGCAGCCUGAUGACGCUCAUCCCCCUCUCGCUCCUGGGAGGUGCCGUCCGGCCUUUGGGGCACUCGUUCACGCACGAGCCCAGCACCAGGGCCCAGCCGCCAGCCGGCCAGGGCUCUGCCCCUGCCGCCGUGGGCACGCUCUCAGUUCGAGGCCAGAGCAUCCCUUGCAGUGAGCAGUGCAAGGCGCAGCACAGCUUCCAGCCAGGGGACAGGGGCUGCCUGCAGAGCCAGGCUGCACAGACGGCAGGGGUCACCCAGCCCUGCACCAAAACCAGGGGACUGCCGCUGAGCGCCCAGCAGCUCCCUGGAGCCAGAAACGAGGCUGAAGGAUGGCGCGGAGGCGGCGGGCGGCGGCGCGGCUGCAGCGGCUGCGGCGGGAGCUGGGCGAGGGGCGCGGCGCCCCCGAGCGCACGCUGAGCUGGCAGGCCAUGGAGCAGAUGCGGUUCCUGCGGCGGGAGCUGCCCGAGGAGUGGCCGCCGGAGCGCCUGGCCGAGGGCUUCGGCGUCAGCCCCGACGUGGUGCGCCGGGUGCUGCGGGGCCGGGGCCGCCCCCCGCCGCGCCGCCGCCUGCGCCAGGACGCCCGG